UAGAUGGCGGCUGCGUCGCGACGUCUCUCAAUUGACUCGUCGAGCUAUUGAUGUUUGGACGUGAAUUUCGCAAAAUUAAUGUGUUUUAGUGCGUAAAUUUGCGUCAGCCCGCACUGACAACGUACACGUACCGUGCACCGCAACUGGCCGAUGCGACAGUGUCCAGAGUUUUACGAUGGUGGCGAUCAGAGAGAACAAGCGUCAAAACAAAAAGUGCCCGAUUCAGCAUGAGGUAGUGGAAUAUUCGCAAAACGCCUCUCUGAAUUACGUUCUGAACGGUGGUUAUCCGAAGAAUGAAAUCGUCAACAUGGACCUGUACGAUUUGGAAUUGUUCGUCGACAAAUUGAUCGUGUACACGAACAAAUUGUUGCCCAAAAGUGUCGGCCAGGAUGUCAACAACAGACCGAAGUGGUGGCCCAACGCGUUGGAAUUCGAUAGUUUCUACGCAAAAAACGGCGUCAAAAAGAGAAGACCCAAGGCCAGCAUUUUGCAAAAGCUGGUGAUCAAGUGCAGCCGUUUUUUCAAAAAGUACUCCUACAAUUACAAAACUUGUCAACCAUUCAAUGAUGAGAAUUCCUGCAGAACGGCGAAUCUCCAGAAAAAGGGUGCCAGUAAUAAACCAAAUCAACCACUUGUAAGGAGGAACCUUCGACUGAGGAAAAUGAAAAAAAUUGAGUGUCCCAUAAUGAAACUUCCAAUAGUAAGAUUGGAGGAUAUCAUGAAACCACCUGCACCACUGAAUAAGGAGCAGUUUUUAAAGAAAUUCAAUUUGGUGCCAGACAAUAAGCAAUCAGUAUCAAAUCCUCCCUCACAACCACCAUCAAUAAGUCAAUCGGUUAGACUCAGGACCACAAUAAACAUACCACUUAGCUCUGAAAUUGGCAAAAAAUUGUUAAAAAGAGAAAAUCACCAAGUGCCACAAGAUGUUAUACUCAGGAGACUUGAAAGAGUUGAAUGGUAUGUCAAUAAAAAUAACAACGAACCCAGUAUGUCUUCAACAACAUUAAGACCAUCUAUACCUCAAGCACCAGACUAUUGUCACACAUACAAAUUUCCUAAGAGACAACACCAUCAAAUGAAACAUUAUCAUAAAUUGUUGAAUUUUUGCAGACCUGUAAGUGUUGUGUUAGAAUGUUGUAAUAUGCACAAACUCAAAGAAAGAUAUGAAAAAGAGUUGAAGGAGAAUGGUUCUAAAGAACUAGUGGUUUAUUUGGACAAACAACCAAAGGAAUUGACUGGGAGUCAAGAGAACAUAGUUGAAAGAAAACUCAGGAAAAGGACAUUAUCUAUGUCAAUCAUCUUGGUGCCUCUUGAUUCUGGAGGCGAAGGGCAAACCAGUCACAAGGAAGAUAAUAGGAAGAAGUUGGUGAUGACUUUAGAAAAAGUGGGUACCAAAGAAGCUUCCACAGAUAGAACUGUUGAUAUGGAAACAAUUCCUCAAUGGAGAGUAAAAAAUAUGUAACAUUAUUUAAAUUUGAUUGGUUAUUACUAUAAUUUAAGGUUGUUUCAUUUAUGAACACAAAUGUUUUCUGCUGUUAUGUAAUUAGACAACAUUGAUUUCAUUGUUUAUUUCAUUUUUAUAUUAUAUUACAGGUUACAAUAGAACCAAAAUCUAAUCAGUUUCCUAGUAAAACAACUUCCAUGUUAUAAUGUAUUUUUAUAUGACUUAAAUUCUCUAUUUAAAUUUAAGAUAAAAUUAUAAAUUUACAAUUGUCUGAGCAUCCAUGAACUAUUCAGAGAAUUAAUGUUUCUAUUAUAGUUGAUUAACAUUUAUUAUUUAAAGCUACUGUUUCUGUUUAUGUAUAGGGAUUUAUCUAGUUUAAACUAAUUUUAUUAUUUGUUAGUUGUAAAGUUGCAUAAAUUUAUUCAUUUAUAUUUUAUCAAUUUAAAUUAUUUAUGCAAAUUAUCACUGACAUUGUUGGAUUAUAUUUUUGUGUGGGCAUUCCAACAAAUGAUAAUUGUUCUUAUUGUAAUUAUAUAUAUGUACAUACGUAUAAUUUAUGCUGUAUAAACAAAUUAUGUUAUUUCAAAUAUAUUUGUGUUGUUAUGCAGGGAAUACAUGAAGUAUAAAAAUGUAAUUUUGUUUUACAAAAUAGUUAUCACAUGAGAUAAAAAAAUACGCAGGUAAUAGUUGGUAAUAAUUCCUAAGAUUAGAUAGGGAACUAAUAUCUAACCCUGUAUAUUAUUGUAUACUUUUAUAUAACUAGUAUUAAAGAUGUGAUAAAAAAAUAUAAUUUUGAAUUAGCUCUCAUAACUUAUAGAGUUAGUUUGUUUUAGUUUCAAACUGAAAUAAUUUAAUCUAGAGUUUUUGUUGCAAGAGAGUUUUAACAACAAAUAAAAGACUGAUUAAAUAAAUAACUUAUGUAGAUAAUACCAAAUGAGAAUUCUGUGAUCAUAAGAUCUAAUUUUUUCGGUAUUGUUUUGAACAAUUUGUA